CCGGGCUGCAGCCGCCGGCCGCCGCGCCCCGAGCGCCGCCGAGCCACCGCGGACGCGCUUUCGGCCGGGAGCCGCGGCCGCCGCCGCCGCCGCCAGCAGGGUUCAUGUUUGGGAUCCAGGAGAACAUUCCGCGCGGGGGGACGACCAUGAAGGAGGAGCCGCUGGGCAGCGGCAUGAACCCGGUGCGCUCGUGGAUGCACACGGCGGGCGUGGUGGACGCCAACACGGCCGCCCAGAGCGGCGUGGGGCUGGCGCGGGCGCACUUCGAGAAGCAGCCGCCCUCCAACCUCCGGAAAUCCAAUUUCUUCCACUUCGUGCUGGCGCUGUACGACAGGCAGGGGCAGCCGGUGGAGAUCGAGCGCACCGCGUUCGUGGACUUUGUGGAGAAAGAGAAAGAGCCCAACAACGAGAAAACCAACAACGGCAUCCACUACAAGCUCCAGCUGCUGUACAGCAACGGAGUCAGAACAGAGCAGGAUCUGUAUGUUCGCCUCAUAGAUUCAAUGACCAAACAGGCCAUCGUCUACGAGGGCCAGGACAAGAACCCGGAGAUGUGCCGCGUGCUGCUGACCCACGAGAUCAUGUGCAGCCGGUGCUGUGACAAGAAAAGUUGUGGCAACAGAAACGAAACACCCUCAGACCCUGUCAUCAUUGACAGAUUCUUUCUAAAGUUCUUCCUCAAGUGCAAUCAGAACUGUUUGAAGAAUGCAGGCAACCCUCGAGAUAUGCGGAGGUUCCAGGUUGUUGUAUCGACAACAGUCAACGUGGACGGUCACGUGCUGGCUGUGUCUGACAACAUGUUUGUGCACAACAAUUCCAAACACGGGCGGCGGGCCCGCCGCCUAGACCCGUCAGAAGGUACGGCCCCUUCUUAUCUGGACAAUGCUACUCCGUGCAUCAAGGCCAUCAGUCCCAGCGAAGGCUGGACCACGGGCGGCGCCACUGUGAUCAUCAUCGGAGACAACUUCUUUGACGGCCUUCAAGUUGUGUUCGGAACCAUGUUGGUGUGGAGCGAGUUGAUAACUCCCCACGCCAUCCGAGUGCAGACCCCGCCCCGGCACAUCCCUGGAGUCGUGGAGGUCACCCUCUCCUACAAGUCCAAGCAGUUCUGCAAAGGCGCGCCCGGGCGCUUCGUCUACACUGCCCUUAAUGAACCGACCAUAGACUACGGCUUCCAGAGGUUGCAGAAGGUGAUCCCCAGACAUCCAGGUGAUCCUGAAAGGUUACCCAAGGAGGUGCUGCUGAAGAGGGCCGCAGACCUGGUGGAGGCCCUGUACGGCAUGCCUCACAACAACCAGGAGAUCAUCCUGAAGCGAGCCGCUGACAUCGCCGAGGCAUUGUACAGCGUCCCCCGCAAUCACAACCAGAUCCCCACCCUGGGCAACACCCCAGCGCACAGUGGCAUGAUGGGCGUGAACUCUUUCAGCAGCCAGCUAGCUGUCAACGUGUCGGAGACAUCACAAGCCAACGACCAAGUCGGCUACAGUCGCAAUACAAGCAGCGUGUCCCCGCGAGGAUACGUACCCAGCAGCACACCCCAGCAGUCCAAUUACAACACAGUGAGCACUAGCAUGAAUGGAUAUGGAAGUGGCGCCAUGGCCAAUCUAGGGGUCCCUGGCUCGCCUGGAUUUCUUAAUGGCUCCUCCGCUAACUCUCCCUACGGCAUAGUGCCGUCCAGCCCCACCAUGGCAGCCUCUUCGGUCACCCUCCCUUCAAACUGUAGCAGCACACACGGCAUUUUCUCAUUCUCACCUGCCAAUGUCAUCUCCGCAGUGAAACAGAAGAGCGCCUUCGCGCCCGUGGUCCGGCCCCAAGCCUCGCCGCCCCCCUCCUGCACCAGCGCCAACGGGAACGGACUGCAAGGCUCUCUGCUGGGUGCCGAGGACGUGGCCGUGGAGAAGACAAACUGGCCCUUUUGUGAAGUCGGUGGCAUAUUUCACUUUGAUGAACUAAUGCUCAAAAAAGGAACUGGAAAGCUAUGUCUGGGCUGGUAGUGCCGCCCAUGUGAGGGGCUCGCCCCCCUUCCCAGCACCCGCAAGGACGGACUUCAGGGGACGCGCGUCUCGCGUGGACGCUCGGGCGUCUUCACAGUCGGCGGCCGUCGAGACGCCACGAGAGACUCUGUGCAAAGAUUUUAUUUAAACUCUUAAGAAUCAACAUGCGAACGACCCAACUUCUUCACGAACAAUUCCAUUUUAUUGACUGAACUUUUCUCAUAUUUUCACAUUUCUCAGUCCCGAAGAAUAAGGAAAACAAAGCGACGCCUAUUUUGUAUAAAGUUUCUGACUCCGUCUUGGCUGUCUAGUCCGUGCUAUCCGUGUGGGGAGAAACUUCGUGAAUGCACCAUUUUAAUGACCAUGAAAAACACUGAGGAAAAUGCCUCCGGACAUUUUUCUGUACUCAUCCUUAGAUUCACAAUGGUUGUGUAUCUCUUCUCUAUAAUGUGAAAUAUUUUUUUGUGGUGAAGCUGGGGGGCCAAGGAGGUAUGAGCCAUCAACCCGGAAGGAAGGAUGGGGUGUGUGGAGGAGAAUCUAGGGUGGCAGGGAGGGAGGGCUUCUCAUUGCUUAACUUCAUCUUAACGAAAUGAAACUUUGUAACUUAUUGUAGCUAGAAAUUGUAACUUUGAUAUUGAAUCUCUUGCCUUCAACAAGCACACUGACAGAGAAAAGAUGCUACUGUCUGUUGGUUCCAAUAUUCUCCCACUGCUAAGAGCUUCCUGUAAGCAAGUGCGAUCUGCCACAUUUUUUCAACUUUUGCUAGCACUGUAUACUAUUGCAUUCUUAGGCUACUGUGAGGUCUAUGUUUCUUGUACCAGAAAUUGUCCUUUUGACUUCUAGAUCCUUCUUCCCUAAUGUGUUUUGUAUGUGGUUAUAAAAUUGUAGACUUUUGUGAUUUUGCCAAAGUUGUAGCUAAAUAUUUAUACACUUGUCUUGAAUUUUUUUCAGAUCCACUUAAAUAUUUAGAAAAAUGAGUUUUAUCCCUCACGCGUCCUGUGAGGGAUGAAACGGUUGUCAUCCAACGCUUAACUUUUCCAUGAACACUUACAGUUGCUUAAAGGACUUUACUUUGUAACAUAUCAAUUAUAAAUAUUGUAUUUAUCUUUGAGAUUUUGUACAUUGGUUUACCCACCUUUUUCUUUUCCUUGUCCGUAUUGGUUUCUGGCCGGGGCCCGGUGUGGAGGCGCCGGGCCACGCGGAAGCCAGGAACUGUCUCUCUCUCCGUUUCGUUCAAACGAACCAUCGUCCUUGCAUUUCACGUGUACUUCCGAUAUUUGCUAUUGUUUAGACUUUCCAUCCUUCUUUUUUUUUUAUUUUGAGGAAAAGUCAAAUUCAUUGUUUAUUUUUAUAUUAUUUUUAAGUUAUCUGAACAAAUACUUUUGAGAAAAAAAAAUGUCUGUUGUAUAGUCAAAAGAACACGGUGCCACCGGCUGUGACGAACCUUCGUAGAUUCCGUGCAUGAUGUGAAGCGGCCCUGGGGGGGGGGGACGUCGUCUGGGGCUGUGUCCUUAUUUUAUGUAUUUGUUUUUAUAUUUGUUUUUGUUUUUGUUUGUUUUCGUAGAAUGUAAAAAGUCAUUUUAGCUGCCACCCAUGACUUUGCCACAUAGCUGAACUGUGUUUACUGGAAAAAUUCAGAGGCCUAAAGUUUAAAAUAAAAUUUACUUCCGAUGUUUUAAUUA